AUGGCGUCCUCGCGCAAGGUGUUCUCCCUUGAGGGAAAGGGUCUCAAGCUCGACACUGCUGCCGACCUUGAACCCCACAUCGCCGAGUUGCGCUCGACCGAUGUCGAGGAGGUCAAGUUCCUGGGAAACACCCUGGGCGUCGGCGCUUGCAAGCUUCUCGGUGAGGUUUUGGCUACUAAGAACAACCUCCAGUCUGCCGACCUCUCCGACAUCUUCACUGGCCGUCUCCUGAGCGAAAUCCCGGAGGCUCUGACCUCCCUCCUUACUUCGAUCCUCAACCUCCCCAAGCUUACGACGAUUAAUCUGAACGAUAAUGCUUUCGGCAUCAACACCCAGGCGCCCGUCGUUGCCUUCUUGGCUGCCCACGUCCCCCUCCAGCACCUGUACCUGAACAACAAUGGUCUCGGUCCUCACGCCGGCAUCCUGGUGGCGAAUGCGCUCUCUGAGCUGCACGCAAAGAAGGAGGAGGCGAGAAAGGAAGGCAAGGAGGUCCCGUACCUUGAGACUGUUAUCUGCGGUCGCAACCGUCUGGAGAAUGGUAGCAUGCAGGCCUGGGCCAAGGCCUUCAGCCUCCACAACAAGAUCAAGGAGAUCAAGAUGGUCCAGAACGGAAUUCGCCAGGAGGGUAUCAGCCACCUCAUCAGCGAGGGUCUGAACCACGCGACCGAGCUGCGCAUCCUCGAUCUCCAGGACAACACCUUCACCGUCUCCGGCGCCAAGGCUGUUGCCAGCGUUCUCCCGACCUGGACACACCUUCAGGAGUUGGGUCUUAACGACGCCUACCUCACGGCCAAGGGUACCGCCCUCGUCGCCAAGGCACUUGCUAAGGGCAAGCAGGACAAGCUCGAGAUCCUCCGUCUGGCUUUCAACGACAUCACCCCCAAGGCCCUGGCUGGCAUCGCGAGCGCCGUUUCCGACUCUUUGCCUGCCCUGAAGAAGGUUGAGCUCAACGGCAACAAGUUCGAGGAAGAGGACCCCUCUGUUAUCUCUAUCCGCGAGCAGCUUGAGGAGCGCAAGGAGAAGAUUGGUGGUGACGUUGUCGAUGAAGACGCAUGGGGUCUCGACAGCCUCAGCGAUCUCGAGGGAGAGGACUCUGACGAGGAGGAGGAGGAGGAGCUGGAGCCUGCGACGAGAGCCGAGAUCCUCAUCAAGGAGGCCGAGGAGGCUCAGGAGGAGCCCACCGUGCAGCUCAAGGACAAGGAGGUGGACGAUCUGGCCAAGAAGCUGGGCAAGACGGAGAUUUAG